ACUGUAUUUGACAUGAUCAAUCACUACCACUAUUAUACAAUAAAUCAACUUCAAGAAUUCCUCACUGCUACAAAAGCCUUUCUUGCACUUAAACCUUCCCUUGAAAACAUCAAAGCCUUCAUGAGACUGUCCGAUAUGCAAAUCAACCUCCAGUUUGAUCUUUCUGCCGUCAAUAUAACCAAGCCGCGAAGCAUUGCAGUUGAUGUAAGCGCUGCUCUUUUCUUGCCAGAAGAACAUAAACACCUCAUUUGUGGUGUUGCAACAGGCGAUGGAGCAUGCCUAUUCAAUGCAGCAUCACUAUUCCUAGCAGCGAAUGAAUCAUUAAGUCUGAUAUUACGUGCAGCAACUGUCCAUGAGCUCUUGUUAUAUCCCGAAUUCUACCUCCAUAUCCCUAUCUUUAUGACAGACUGGCCAUGGUCAAACAUUGCUCUUGAUGCUAACAAUAGAAAUGAUACAGACAAUAAUCAAUAUAAAAAAGCGAGCAUCUACAAAAAUGAAGUAGCAGGUUUCUGUAAUCCAAAUGCAUACUCACCUCUACUUGCAGUAUAUGGUCUUGCAAGUGUAAUCUCUCAUCCGAUUAAUUCAAUUUAUCCAGCAAUCAGAG